AUGCUUGUUAGGAAAAAAGUAUCUCAAAAGACUUGGAACCUUUAUAUUCGUUGUGAAGUUGUUGCUUUAUUAGAUGAUGAAAAAAAACUUAAAAGAUAUAAAGUUGAAGAGCAACAAGAAAAAAAACAAUUUAUAUUAUAUUUGGAUGACUUAUGGUAUGAUACUUCACUUAAAGUUGGUGAUUUUAUUCAUCUCAUUUUUUUGGAAGAACGAACAAAAAAUUCUCUUCCAAACCCUUUUAUUCUUAAUAAUAGAACGCCUAUACUUCUUAUUCAAAAUCCUGAUUAUUUAAUUAAUACUACUAGUACUGUAAGUAGUACUUGGUGUAACAGACAAACUGUUAUUAAAAAUUAUCUUUUUCUUGAUGAUUAUUAUGAAGCAACAACUUUAGGAACAAUAAUCCAUGGAACAAUUCAACAUAUUCUCAUUACCAACCCACCUGAAUUUAAUAAAAUAAUAUUUAAAUCAAUGAUAGAAGAAUUAAGUGAAGAAGUAUUAACAAAAAUUUAUGUAUUAGGAAUUACAAGAAAAGAAUUUAUUGACCAUGCAAUGGAAUUUUAUGAUACAGUUAAUGAUUGGUAUCAAUGUUGGAAAACAAAAACUAUCAAAACAAAUCUUAAUCGUGAAAUCCACUUUACAGAAUUUAUUGCUUCUGAACCUCAGAUACAAUCUCAAAUUUUUGGUUUUAAAGGUGCGAUUGAUAUUUUAUUGAAUGGUUCAGAAGGUGAAAUUAUUGUUGAAAUGAAAACAGGAAAACAAAAAGAAGAGAACUUCGGACAAAUUGCUUAUUAUUUUCUUCUUCUUAGUGGUUUCCUUCAAAAACCCCACCACCAAUUUAGAGGAUUACUAAAUUAUGUUCAUCGUCAAAACAAUGACUUUGUUCAAGUCGUUCCUACAAUACCACAAUUAGUUGCUAUUACUCAAUUAAGAAAUUCACUUGCAUUAUAUUCAAAGAAUAUGACAAUACCAAACGAAGAAGAAUGUAUAAGAAAAGAGGUUUCAUGUAAAUAUUGUCAAGUAACAGAACAUUGUAGUUUAAUUUGUGAAAAUGAUGGAAUAAAUUAUAACAAAAGUGUUAUUCAACAUCUUAAUUCAUUAGAAAAAGCAUUUUACUUUAAAUAUUUAAAUGAUGUUCGUUUAGAAAUGAAACAUAUUGAAACAGAAAAUCAAAAGAGGUGGUUAUUUCCAAAUGAAGUUAAAUCAAUUGGAAGAAGAAUGAAAUUAAUAAAGAGUGAGUAUACAAUGAAAUUUCCUGAUUAUUAUAUUUAUACAUUUGAAGGAGAGUGUGUUUAUGAUGAGUCACUUAUUUGUGUUUCAACAGAAGAUGGAAAAAUAAAUAUUAUUAAAGGAUAUAUGUUACCAUUUGAAGAUGAUGAUAUUAUUACUAAAGAAAAAAUCAUAGAUUGUGAUCAACAGAAAACGAAUCAAAGUAUAAUUUCUGAAGAACAAGGAAUUGAGCAACUUCAAGAAGUUCUAUUGAAAAGAGUUAAAAUAAAAACUCCUCAAAGAAUUAUUUCUACUUUAUCCUUAUUUAGAUUAGAUAAAUUUUCUGGAACUAAUGCAUUACAAGUUAUUAUGACAACAGUUGGUAAAUUAAUGAGAAAUGAUAAUGAUAUGAAACGAAUUAGAGAUUUUGUUAUUAAUUCUAAGCCAUGUCCUGUAAUUAAUUUUAAUUUGGAUUUAAGUCAAACUCAAAAUAUUGAUGAUAUUCAUAAUGAAGAAGAAGAUGGUGAUGACCUUGAUUGGAUUCUUGAUAAAUUAAAUAUUUCAGAACAAACUUUAAUUCAAAAACAAAUAAGUGAAAAAGAUGAUUUCUUAUUAAAUUCUCUUUCUUCUUCACAAGAAAUUACACCAAUCACUGGGUUAUGUUCAAAUAUGAUUCUUUCAACAAUUGCAACAUUCUGUUCAAAAACACAACAAAGAGUAUUUGUUACUGCUUCAAAUCAAAUAUUAUUAAAUAAAUUAUAUGAUGUUUUACCUAAAGAAAAAACACUAAAACUCUCUGCUAUAGAUGAUUUACUUCAUAUAAACCCAGUUAUAGAAACUAUUAUUAAUGAACAUCCAAUAGUUCUUGGGUCAUUUCGUGAAUCUUCCAAGAAAAUAACUCAAACUAUGCCAUUUGAUAUUGCUAUUAUUGCAGAUGCAAUCAACGUUAAUGUUGUACAAUCAUUAAAUGUAUUUUAUUUGACAAAAACCGUAUGGUUAUUUGAAGGAGAAAAAAUAUCUCAUUUAAAUGAAACUUCACAAAUAGAAAAUCAGAGUAUUUUCUCAUUGAUGAGUAGAACAAGUCAGUAUUCAAUGUCAACCUUAUUAGAUAAAGAGUAUCAACUUAAACAAAUAAUUGAUAUAGAAGAUUUAGGAGAUAUUGAUGACUUUCUUUAA